AUGCGCGCGGACCGCGCCGCGCUCUACGCGUGGCUCAUCUGUAGCGCAGUCGCUCUCUCUACGCACAAGUACAGCACGCGUGUGAUUCGUACAAAGUACGGACCGUUGCGCGGGAUCGUAGUACAUUCGCAUCCUCAAGUGGAAGCGUAUCUUGGUGUUCCAUACGCUACCCCGCCUCUUGGGAGUCUUAGAUACAUGCCACCCGUGACGCCGUCACAGUGGCGUACGACUCGCCUAGCGGACGCGUUAGGAGCUGCGUGCCCACAAAAGCCUCCUGCAGCCGUACCGCGAGAAGAAGCGUUGUUGUUGCAUCCGCGUGCCCGCAUCCGUCAACUGGAAAGAUUGUUGCCUAUGCUUGUCAACCAGAGCGAAGAUUGUCUCUACGUGAAUCUCUACGUGCCUGUUAAUGGUAUAGAGGGGGAGAGCGAGGGAGCAGGUCUGCCGUGCCUUGUGUUUGUGCACGGAGAAUCUUAUGAGUGGAGCUCGGGCAAUGCAUAUGACGGAACUACACUAGCAGCGCAUGGAAAUAUCAUUGUAGUUACAAUCAACUUUAGACUAGGUGUGCUUGGGUUUCUCAAGACUGGUGCUAAAGGAUCUGCGCAGGGUAACUUUGGGCUAAUGGAUCUUGUAGCUGGUUUGCAUUGGUUACGAGAAAAUCUACCAGCUUUUGGAGGAAACCCAGAAAAAGUAACUCUCAUGGGUCACGGCACUGGAGCAGCAUUGGCGAAUUUCCUCGCUGUAUCUCCUGUUGCCAGAGAACUACUGAAGCGCGUCAUCUUGUUAAGCGGGUCGGGGCUUAGCUCAUGGGCGUUGCAGAGGGAACCACUCACGGUAAAAAGAAAGGUAGCGGAACAAACUGGAUGCCACGGGGACUUAGUCGAAGAUGACUUGGCGCCGUGUUUACGUAACAAGCCGCUCGCCGAGCUGCUCGCUAUUCAACUCGACCCGCCCCGAUUUUUGCCAGGAUUUGCACCAUUUGUCGACGGAACAGUUAUCGUUAACCCCUCUUCGGCAUCUCCGCCAAGUGAUAAUUCUCGGCUCGGUGCGGGCGCGGCAGCUGUGGCGAGCGCUGCGGGACACGAGCUCGCAGAUUUUGCGCAUAGGGAGCUAUUGUUCGGGCUGACCACAACAGAAUCUUACUUGGAAUUCAAUGCUCAAGACUUGGAGUUUGGUUUCAACGAGACUAGGCGAGACCGCAUUCUGCGCACCUUCGUUCGUAACGCCUACUACUACCACCUCAAUGAGAUUUAUUCCACCCUCAAGAAUGAAUACACCGACUGGGACAAACCGGUUCAGAAUCCGCUAAGUGUACGAGAUGCUACGCUAGAGAUUCUAAGUGACGGACGGACAGCAGCUCCUUUAAUUAGACUCGGCUACCUCCAUGCGUUGCGAGGGGGUGUGACGUAUUUCACACAUUUUCAUCAUCUCUCACAGGACAAAGACUAUCCGCAGCGACCAGGUUCAGUGCACGGCGAAGAAUUAGGAUACUAUCUUGGCACUCCACUGUCACUGUCUCAUCAUCAGCAGAACUUUACACAGCUUGAGCAAAGGCUCUCUAAGUUGUGUAUGCAUUACCUUGCAAAUUUUGUUAAAUAUGGCAAUCCGAAUGAUCCUUCUGCAACGCCGCCGCCCAGUCCCAUAAUGGGGGAAUCGCCUCCCCUCGGUCCCGACCAGACGCCUUACUGGGAUACCUACGACACCAUCAACCAACUUUAUAUGGAAAUUAGCGCUAAGUCGGAGAUGAGAAGUCACUAUCGCGGUCACAAAAUGUCUUUAUGGCUAUCCUUGAUACCGCAGCUGCAUCGUCCGGGCUCCGAUUUGCCAGACGCCGCAAUGAGACAUCAUCACUUUCAAGAUGACAAUGCCAAUUACUAUGAAGGUGCAGUAAGAACACAAUCACUUUCACGUGCACAUGUGCCGCACAUUGUGAGCAUAGAUGUUGGAAGUCGCGCAGGUGAGUUGAGUCGCAGUACUCCUCCGCCACGAUCGGCUCAACCAAAGCCAUCUCCAGCUCCUGCAUUAUCAACGGAGUGCCCUCCGAACUCAACAACAACGCCAAUGCAACCAGAUGAUGCUCUCUUGCGUCGGCUAGCUUCAUCCCAUUAUCAGUCUUAUACUGCGGCCCUUACUGUAACGAUCGCUGUUGGCUGUUUCCUUUUACUUUUAAACGUUCUUAUAUUCGCAGGAAUCUACCACCAAAGAGGCUCCCGGCCUCGGCGUUGCAAAGAUGAUCUAGCCGAGGCCGGGAGUUCCUCAUCCUCAGAUAAUUAUGACGGAAAAUUAGAUUACGAGGUUAGAGCUUUUGACGGAAAAGGUUUCGGUUUUGAGUGUAAAUCUGCCCAUGUACCGCGCAGUUCAGGCUCAAAGUUUGAUUUGCGGACAUUAUCAGAUUGUGGAGAGCCCACUUUUGGAGAGUACAGUUGUUAUGACGAGAAACACCGAGCAGCGCGUAGUUCGUUACCCGAUGUCAGUGUCGGAAGCGCAAUAGAGGCGGGUAGUGUCGUUUGCAUCGAUACUCAAAAGCCAGAUAUUCAAAAGGUUGAAGGUCGGAUUGCAGAUGCCAUUAGUAGAACUAGUACUUUUGAACCUCGUGUUGUAGAUAACUCUACUCAAGUGAAAUUUGGUCCGGUAACGGAUUCGUCGGAUGGCACUUCUGAUACAAAUGGUGAUUCGGAGUCAGCUGCUGCAGGCAGCUCUGGUAUUUUGAGAGUGCCUCCAGCAACUACGACUCCUGUACCUCCAGGAAUUAUGAAAAAGCGAGUGCAAAUACAAGAAAUAUCGGUAUGA